GCGAAUAUUAUUAUUUUUCUGUGCAGAAAUGGGAAAUGAUCUGCAAGAUAGAGAGAAAAUAUGGAUAAAUGCCUUGAUUUAGAAACAUGGAACCACAUAAAUUUUCCACCAUGAUGAAUGUUAAGAAGAAGUUCGUGUCCAAGGUGUUGGACGGGCUCAGAUAUUCCGUUAGCUCCACGCCUAAAAGUGAGACAGAAAUUGAGGAAUCUUUGAGAGAUGAGAAUUUCCAAGUUGCAAAGACCGUGCGACAUGGAUUUCCAUACAACCCCACUUGCAUGGCGUACGAUCCUGUACAACACAUCUUCGCAGUGGGAACGAAGAGUGGAUCAGUCAGAAUAUUUGGAAGACCUGGGGUAGAUUGUCAUACUGGACAUCCAGAUGAGGUUGCUGUCAUACAAAUACUCUUUUUAAUCAAUGAGGGGGCUAUGAUUACAGUAUGCUCCGAUGACACUUUACAUCUCUGGAAUUUACGUCAAAAACGACCUGACAUAGUUCAUUCACUGCGGUUCCAGCGGGAGAGGAUCACAUUCUGCCACCUGCCAUUCCAGAGUAAAUGGUUGUAUAUCGGCACAGAGCGAGGAAAUGUUCACAUCGUUAAUAUUGAAAAGUUUGAGCUGUCGGGAUAUGUCAUCAACUGGAACAAAGCGAUAGAGUUAUCAAGAAAGACACAUCCAGGACCUAUUGUUCAUCUGAGUGACUGUCCAAUAGAUCCAAAUAAGCUGUUGAUAGGAUUUGAGAGCGGUGCAAUAUCAUUAUGGGACCUCAAGACUAAGACUGCAGAGCAACACUAUGGUGAUGGUUCAAAUGUGCCAUUAAAGUCAGUAGCGUGGCACCAUGAAGGUAAACAGUUUAUGUGCAGUCACACAGACGGCAGUUUAACAACUUGGAACAUAAGAAUACCUCAAAAGGCCAGCAUCAUGCGACCACAUGCCAAAUUAAGCAAAGACAACAAACCAGAGCCAUGUAGACCUAUUAGUAAAUUAGAGUGGAAGACAAAUAAAACUGGUGAACAAAUCAUCGUGUUUAGCGGUGGGAUGUCGUAUGAUAAAGCAGGGAAAAUGCCAAGUAUAACCGUGAUGCAUGGGAAAAGUACAACAGUUCUAGAAAUGGAGCAUCAAGUUGUAGAAUUCUUCUUACUUUGUGACUCUCCUUAUAAUAAUGACACUCAAGACCCCCAGGCUAUAGUAGUGCUGUUACAGAAUGAUCUGGUAGUUGUGGACCUCACCUCACCAGGUUAUCCCUGCUACGAGAACCCAUACCCCAUGGACAUACACGAAUCUCCAGUCACUGCCUGCCAAUACUAUGCGGACUGCCCAAGCAAUCUAGUGCCAGCAUUUUACUCAGUUGGGCAUAAGCAGAAGAAAUCAGGUUUUAGCGAGAAGGAUUGGCCGAUACAGGGGGGAGAGUGGGGGUCUACUACAUGUAGCUACCCUGAAAUAGUCAUAACAGGGCACGCAGAUGGCUCAUUGAAGUUCUGGGAUGCAUCAUCAGUUACACUACAAGUAUUGUACAAACUAAAAACUGCCAAAUUAUUCGAGAAGCACAAGCAUAAAAAGACCCCUGAAGGAUCGACCGAUUCUCCUGUAGAUGAGGAUCCAUUUGCGAUUCAACACAUCAGUCUGGACUUAGAGAGUCGCAUACUUUGUGUGGCAGGAUACAGUCACCUUAUGUUGUUUAGAUACAGCAAGCAGGACGCUUCUAUAGAAUUCCCAGUAAUAGACAUUGCAAUACAAUAUGAAAUAUAUGACGAGAUUGACUCGCCAGAGAUAGAGUUUCCACCCCCCAGGCCUCCCCUUAGUCAGGUCUCCCAGAGUGGCAGUGGAAGUGUGGGCUCGUAUUCCAGUACGGCAUCUGACUCAAACUAUAAGGGUUCAGAUAACCAAACAUGUGUCAAAGUGAAAGGUGGACCACGUAAGCAGAGCACGGGGUACCAACCUGAUCUAGUCUGUCUACUGACUUAUGUAGAUGGGGAAGCACCUGCUCCUAUUACUAGCAUGUGUAUCAACUCUUCAUAUGGCCUUCUGGCCUUCGGUAAUGAAUGCGGGUUAGCAGUGGUAGAUAUUGUACAAAAAAUCUGUCUCUGGAAUAUGGGAACCCCAGAUCUCUAUGGUUCUAUGGACCCUUACCAAAGAGCACCAAGAUCCCCUAAAGUGCGAAAACCAGGAGAUAGUUUCUCCCAAAGUCUGAACAACGAUGAGUGUAAAUCUCCAAGCAGUGACCAGAGUCCUGAAGGUGGCGUCACCAGUCCUAAUGGCACCAGUAACCGAGUCUCGCUCUGCCCUGACCUGGAUAGUAUUAAUGAAUCAGGCUCCCCAAAGAUGCGCUCAAAGCACCCAUCGGGGGACCGUAGAUCAAAGCCAGGGUCAAGGUCACCAGUCAAUAAGGAAAAAUUUAAUCACGUUGCCCCAGCUCGCCCACCUCCGCCUCGACCACCGCCUCCUAAAUCAGGCUCUAAGUCCCCAGAUAACGUACUCAAUAAUGAUAGUGACAUCACAGUAGAUGAAGCAGAUGAGGCUGUUGAUGUCGUUGUUGAUGAUAUAACUGUUGAUGUGAAUGCAAAUAAGGAAGAGCAAGAAACUGUGCCCAUAGCCAAACCUCGCAUGAGGAAAAAACCAGUGUAUCACAGACUUGAAAGUGAUGACGAAUUAAGACAUGAACUACGGAAAAUCUCCACUGAAGAUCUUCCUCCACAAAAACUUCCUUUAACAAAAGCAUUAUCUGACACACAUGCAAUGCAACAGGAUGCCAGUAUGAGGCCAAAUACACUUAAGGUACCCUCAAAGUCUGCAGGUGAUCUAAGUGACCACGAGGCAUCAGAUAAUGAAAAUGAGACCAAAUCAAAUGAAAAUAAUGACACUAAUAAACAUAGUGUGAGAUUUGAAUCCCCCGAGCUGGAUGACUCUGAGGGGAAAGGGAAAGGAAAAGGAUUCCUACGCAGGAUGAGCGUGAAAAUGCGAGACGCUUUACACAUAGAAGCACCCCCUAGGCAGUCUCGUCAAAGACCAUUUUCAACGAACGAUCUUAAAUUGUUAACAGAUGAGGAUAAGGAAAUGUUCUUGAAAGAGGAACGAGAUCGGAUGCGACCGAAGGAUCCUGAGAGGAAACGGAAAGUUUCUAGACAAGCUGAUGACAUCAUGAUGAGUAUGUUAGACCUACGAUCAGAAGAUGUCAAAGCUAAACCUAGAAUGCGUAAGAUUAGCUACGCCACCUAUUUGGAACUAGAUUCUGAUAAAACGGACAGUUCUUCAUUCUCGCGGUCCCGCAGUUCCAGCAUGUCCAGCCUAGAGAAUAUCACAAAGGAAGCCAUUCAGUGUAUAGUGUUUGCUGACUCCUUUACAAGAAAAACAGAUAGCUACACAUCACCGAGCCUGUGGGUGGGGACAAGUCUUGGGUCAGUGCUGGUCAUUGCCCUCAAUCUUCCCCCCUCAGGGGAACAGAGACUCACCCAGCCAGUUAUGGUCUCCCCCAGUGGUACAAUAUUUCGGCUUAAGGGCACAAUCCUAGCAAUGUCAUUCCUCGACUGCAAUGGGGGCCUCAUUCCUACUUUGUCAGAUACAUGGAAAGACAACACGAAAGAAAGUCGCGAUGAAGUCAAAACUAAAUCAAGAAGGGCGGAGUCCCAACUAGCUCGACAACCACGUCUCAGUCCAACUUCUUCCACAGAAUCAAGUGAUCGCCAGUUUGCUGUCAUAUGUUCAGAAAAACAAGCAAGGGUGAUGUCCCUACCAUCUCAGACAUGUACAUAUAAAGUCAAGAUAACUGAUGUGUCAUUUGUAACCAAAGCUGAUGUUGUCACAUUGAAAGAUGCAGUUUUCCUUGCUUGUUUCCUGGCGAAUGGGCACAUCAUGACAUUCAGUCUCCCCAGCCUACGUCCCCUCAUGGACUGUGAGUGCAUACCUGUCACUGAUAUUAGGAUUGCAAGGACAUUCACAUUUAGUAAUAAUGGGCAUGCACUUUACUUCACUACGCCAUCUGAACUACAGAAAGUCACGCUAGCAGCUGAUGUAUGUGUGAGCCUGAAUGAGAUGCUUGGGGACCUGUUCCUACCGUGUGAGACCCCUGAGGCCCCUAAGCAAGGCUUCUUCAAGAAUCUCUUCAACGCGGGGCCCUCACCUUUAGACAGAGAAAUGUUAUUUGGACCUGAUAGUGGUAAAGCUGCACCCAAUGUUACCAAGUACAUAGCUGGAACUGCUGGCCUACAGGCAUCUUCAGACUCUGCCAUGGGGGCUGUGUCAUACGCCAGACAGGCUCUUGACGAAAGAGGUCAAAGGUUAGGUGAGCUGUCUGAUGUGUCCGAGCGUAUGCGGGAACAGGCCCAAAGCUUCCAGUCAAUGUCACAUGACGUUAUGCUGAAAUACAAGAACAAGAAGUGGUACCAGCUUUGAGACUGAACACAAGCACAGAGGUUCUUAUUUCAUCUGUCUUGCACAAGAUAUUAUAGGUGUCACCCUUUGCAGUUCCACCUAGGCAACCAGUGGCCAUUUUGAAUGUUGCUAAGGACACAUGCUGCCACAUAGUGGCCAAAAGGUGAACUAGCCAAGCAGAAUAUAUUGGAGAGCAGAAUAGAAAAUAAUGCAUUCCAAAUUGCAAGAAUUCCAAUGCAAGGAUUUGCCAAAUGAGAGUGUGAUACUAUUUUUAGGUUCAUGUUGUACAAAGGGAGCUACUGUGGAAGAAUGAUAUUACACAUUGCUUGUUUUACAUUUCCAAAUAAUUCUAUGACACAUUCUGAGACUUGUAUGAGUUAAUUAAUUGUAUCUUAGAAUUGCUUUUAUUGAGUCGCAUCAAGCUGACUGUAUUGUUGAUUUGAAAUACAAGUGAACAUUCUGUAACGUAUCAAUAUUCUUAAAAUAUUGUAAUUUUACAUGUAUGAUAUAGCUACAAACUAUAUGUGAACCAAAUGAUAAGUGUAUAUAUAAUAGGACUACAAAACAGGGUUGAGAGGCUUAGAAUGUUCAAUAUAAAAUUGCAAAAAUUCAAAAUUGAAAUUGAUUUGACAGUUUACCUAUUUAUGGAUUCUGUAUUUUUAGAACAUUUCAGUUUCAUCAUUGUCUCUUUUAUGUUUGCUUUCUUGAUACCAUUUGUAUGUCCAUAUAUUCCAAGUGUCUGCUGUGUCAAGGUCAAGUGGUUGUCUGUAUUUGUUGCAAUGCAUUAUGGGUCAGAGUACUUGUCUGCUUCUGUAACAAUGUAUUGACAAGGUUCAUUCUCCCAGAAGGGUUCAUCUUUGAUUACUGGGUUAUUCCUCUCAGUUGUCAACCAUGAUAACAGCAUGUUGCAUUAUGGGACUUUUUCUCUUUCACCUGGCAAAAAUGCAUUAUGGGUCAUGGUUUUAUCCAUGCAUUAUGGGUCUAAGAUUCAGUUGUUGUUAGUGUGGUGCAUUGUGGCCAUUAGUUAAAUUUUGCUUCUUACGUUGCAUUAUGGUCAUUCAUACUUCUUUUGUGGCACUGUGGGCCUUUCUGCCAUCUGAUUGAGGCUUAUAAAUGUCCGUCUGCUUCUGACACAAAUGCAUUAUGGGCCUUGGUAUCUGUCUGCAUUAGGUAAAGUGAAAUAUUGGAUAUUUUCGUUUCAAUAUCAUUGUGACAAUUUUUGACAAUAUCUUUAGUCUUCAAAUAUUAAUGAUUUUUGAACGAGACUGUCUUCAUGAUCGCCUCCAUAUUUGGCAAUGUUAGAUGUUAAAAUAAUUGUUGAUCGUGAGAUAAGUUGAAGGAUUUGUGUGAUGUAGAGUGUGUUCAAGUAGUAAUACCUUUAAAGUAUUACAAUAAUUGUAAAUAUGUGAAUAGAACGAAAUGUAGAUUUAAUAUAUAAAGCUGUCGGACGUUAUAUACUAUGAAUAUAGAAUACAGUUCCAAGUAUGCUGUAAAGAAGAGAUAUAUAAAUGUAUAAAUAUGUGUAAAUACAUAAUUUGCGCCCAUGUAGAGAAUUUUACUCUGACUAGGCUUAAUCCGCAAACUGGCAAAACUAUAUAUUGUUGUCAUACUGUCAUACAUCGUUCCUGAAUUUUAUGGAUUCCUCACUUGAUUGGGUUCACCUUUAAAGCCUGGCCACUGAAAUUUUAUACAUGGGUCAUCUGUUCUGACUUAUGAAUGCCACAUGCUUUACUUGACCAGCACAUAGAAUAAGUUCUUACAUUCGUUGCAUUUAUUCUCUUCUAUUUCUUAUAUUUAUUCUACAAAUCGAGCAUGGUAUCUUGAUAUUUUAUGGCAUGUCAUUGUAUAACCAUUUCUAUGUUGCACUUUUACAAACUAUAUGGUGUUAUCAAGUAUGGGCCACACCUGAAAAAAUUAACAUCAAAGGGAAAAAUUAUGAUUCCCAAGCUGUCUUUUGUGAAGUUUUACUAUGUUUGUACACUGUACAGUGCUAAAAUUAGCUGGUUUCUCAAUAUAAGUAAAUUGAAAUCUAACUCGCAGAUGUAUGUACGCAAUUAAAAAAAGUACUCAAACAUUCACCCAUUUUGUGAUAUUUGUUAUUUUGGUGUAUCUUAUCUAGAAUGUAAUUUAACUGAAUCGAAAAGAAUGAUGCAUUUGUAAUAUUUUAUAUACCAAGUUAAGAUGCCCUUACAAUAAUAUGACUCCAUGCAGUCAAUGACUAUGAGUCAUGUUACUAGUCAAGUUAUGUUUCUAUGACAACAAUGUUGAGUCUUUGUUAUAACUUUGUUUUGGUAUCAAAAUGAAUUCCAUUUGGUAUCCAAUAUUUCUACUACCAGACCAGUUUCAAAAGAUGUCUUUUCUUGAAAUAAAUAUUGAAACUUCUAUAUGAUUAUGAGAUGCUACCCAAUAUUGUAUAAAUAAUGUAACUAUGUGUACUUAAAUUGUACAAAUACUUGGUAACUUUGUACAUACAAUACUAUAUAGUGUUUCCAUACAAUAUAUGUGCAGUGUUAUAUAGAAAUUUGAUCUUUACAUGUUUUUUGAACAAAAUUCAUUACUACGCAGUCUAUGAAUAUCCAAGCUAGCGAAUAUCAAAUUGGUAAAUGGUCAUACACGUAUUUAAAGGUUCAUUUGCUAAUGUAUUAGAAUGUGUCCAGUGUAAAACCACGUGUUUUAUGGCUAUUGUUUGGUCUUGUUUCCAAUACAUCAAUAUACAAUAAAACCUGUCCUGGUGAACACCUCAUUCUAGCGAACACCUGUCUGGACAUGCACCACCAACACUGUACGUUUUAUCUCGGCAAAAAAUGUUCAUUAUGCACAGGUUUUACUGAACAUCCAAUAUAUUAAUAAUUCCAAUUAUAACCAAUUUGAUGUUUGAUUCUCAUGGAUAGCAAUUUGAUUAUACAUCAGUCUUGUGGGAGCUUUUGUCCUCAAUUUUUAAUACUAGUCUCUGGGUAUAAUCCUUCAAAGUCAGAAUGCUUGAAAACCAUAUUAGUUUGGCAUGUAAUCUUUUGACAUCCCCUCACCCCUCAACCCCCCCCCCCCCUUACCUGCCUGUGAGGGCAUCGCAGUAACAUGAUACCAGUAGACUGCAUAUUUAUACAGUAUAAACUGUUAUAUUGAUAUUCAACACGCACUGUAAUAUAAUGUGACCGCU